AUGGAACAAAUAAAACGUGAACGAAGUAACAAUUUUCAUCAUGUUUAUCAAGCUUUUGAUUCACUUAAUGCACGAUUUUAUAAUCUUAUAACGAAUACAACUCUUCCAAUUGAAGUCAAUCUUUCAUCUAUAUCAAAAUCGACAUUUCAACGAUACAAUAAAGAUAUUAUUCUACCGAAUAAACACCGAAUUCAUUCACUUCAUUUAUCAAAUCCGUGUUUAUAUGAUGAUAUUUCUUCGCCAAUUCAUAUUCUAUCCCAGUUUCUUCAUCUCAAAACACUCAGUCUUCAUAAUAUAGAAUCAAAACAUCUUGAAUAUCUCCUUCCUACAUUAGUUUCUUUACCACGCCUCUCUUCAUUAUCGAUCACAUCCAUAGACAUUAUUGUAAAUAGGACUGCUAUCUAUUCUCAAAUAAUUCGUCUGCCUGCAUUGAAAUAUUGCAGCUUAUCAUUGAAGGGAUCACAUUACAGUGAAGUACCAUUACCGAUACUCGAUAAAUACAGUACUAUCGAGCAUUUAAUCAUCAACCACGGUAUUUCCACCAAUGAACUUUACAAUUUAUUAUCGUAUAUUCCUCAACUUCGUCGUCUAUAUGUUUGUUAUAUACUCAACUCGUGGACGACAUAUAUGAAACUAUCUCCAUUUGUAUUACCUUAUUUAACGCAUGUUUCACUAGAUCUAAGCUCCAUAAGCUUUGCUGUAUUCGAAGAAAUGAUUAUUGAUAUUUUUCAUGUAGUACACGUUUUACAUAUUUUCAUACGUAAUAAUAAUGAUCAAAUGUAUAUAAACGCUAAUAGAUGGGAACAAUUGAUAUUAUCUUAUAUGCGAAAUUUACGUAUAUUCGAUAUUCGACAUGAAACUUGGUCGAGAAAUAUUACUACUAAUAAUCAAAUGAUAUUGAAUACUCCAACUGAUAAGUUUACAUCUUCAUUUUGGAGCGAACGACAAUGGUUUUUUACACAACAAUUUAUUCAAGAACGCGAUAGAAAUUGUACAAUCUUUUGUUCAAUAGAUCCAUAUAGAAGAAAAUAUUAUAUAUUAUGUAAGCAAAUUCAUCCAUCAACUUGUUUAAAUUCGAAGAAAACUCAUUUGCAAUCUGUUCAACAUCUUCGAAUUGACAAUGAAAAUCAAAUAAUAGACUGUACAUAUUAUUUUCCAAAUGUAACUACGCUUACUCUUGAAAAUAGUCUUUCGUGUACCCGUAAAUUAAUCACAAUCAAUCUCAAUCACAUUAUUCCUUUGAAACAACUGACUAAAUUAGUUAUUAAAUCUCGUUCUUUUUCCUUGACAAAAAUAAUUGAAGUAUUACGCUUUACACCCCAUAUUCGUACAUUAAUAUUCGAAUCUAUGCCACUUUAUGGGGUUAAUUAUAAAUCUAUUCAACAAAAUCAAACUUUUCAAUUAGUAUCCAAUACAAAUAUGAUUACAAAUGUGACGUUUAAACAAGGAUGUACAUUAAAUAAACUUCAACUAUUUGUUGCUUUAUGUUCUCGAAUUCAACAUUUAACAAUAGGUCAUGAUACGGAGGAUUUAGAAUCAAUAGUACGAUUUCUAUUGAAGAAAAGAAAUGAAAAUACGAGUCAUUUGUGCUUAAUACGUCUUGUAUCGACGUGUCCAUUUUUUCUUACAACAUUGAAAACAUUGAUCGAAUCUGAGACAUUACUUACUGAUUAUAAAUUAAAAAAAAUCAAUACUGAUAUACAUUUAUGGUGGUAA